AUGUUAAGAUGGCGCCGUCUGCUGCUCCUAGCUAUUAUGCUGACUCUUUUGUUUUUGAAUCGCUGUUUGGCUGAUUGUCAUCCUACUUCACAAUAUGACCGGACUACACUCUUGGAUCUUCGAUUCAACUCGGGAUUUCCACGUUUUCAUGAUGCGACUUUUGGGCCGAUUUUCGGUAGUCUGUUUGAGGAGGUUUUGGUGGUGCUUCUCGCUACUCCUGGCCGGACGGCGCGUUUUUCGAGACGGCGGCGUGGAAAUCAUGCUGGUGUCAGGGUCAGGAUCAGAUCCCUCCGACGGAAUGGCAAUGCUGGUCGGUUUGCUUCCCUGGACGUUCCUCCCUGUGAUUCUCCACCUCGUUUCAUCCAGAUACUGCUUCACCAAAGGCUGGAUCGCACAUAUGGGAGCUGUCAUCCGACACGCCGCACCGGAGGAGUAUGUCCCCGUAAUCUUUGUUAUCCUGUGAGGUCGGGUGUGCGGCGAUCCUCAGUGGACGAGGUUGGACGGCUCCUGUUGCAUUUCAUGUCUCACUUCAGUGAGAAAAUCCAUCAAAAGUUUGUCUCGGUUUGCAGCUGUAAUGAGUCAAAAGGGUCCAUGUCCACCAUCGGAUUGACAGCAGAACCUUUCAUUCACACCAGAACUGCUAAGUCAAGGUUACACCAGCUGGAGGAUCCAGACGCACAAAUCAACCUUUUCUCACUUAUUAUUCUUCAACGCAGACACAAAUAAACUGUCAAGGUCUCACCAGACGCAAAAGCCUCAUCUCUCUGCUAAAAGUCAGACUGCUGGAUUCAUCUUUCUGAAUAAAAAGUGAUUCAACACGAAUCCGACGAGACUUUUACAACUAAUGAUAUGAAUAAUCACAUGUGAUGAAUGAACAAGAUGUUUAAAUGAAAUGUUUGAAUAAUCUGUGCUUAAAUCAAUGAAUUAUAAAUGAAUAUUGUUCUUACAAUGAUCCAUUUAUAUCACACAUCAGUAUGUGUUGGCUUAACAAGUUUAUCAUUGUCUACACUCAUACUCACGUUUAUAAGACACGAGUUAAGGUUAAGGGUCACCUCUCGUAACGUUUAAAGAGUCAGCAGCUUGUAUCUGAAGGAAGGCUAACCCUAACCCUUUCUGAGGGAUGUUCUGGUGAAGCCUUCCAGACAUGGCACAUUCUAAUUUGCCAGAAUUGGCUGGAAAUCAUAACAAAGUAGUUUAAUAAACAGGAAUUACUUCCCGAUAAAUUCAGUUUCCAGCUGAACCCGAUCCGGCCAAGUCGGGAAAGAAGCCUCUUUUGAAACAUCUCUUUGACAGACAGCCAGCCUGUCUGCACGCUGCAACCUGACACAGCCAGACGGCUCCCCAAGAGCCACACCCACUUUGGACGCAGACAAGCAUUCCAGCUACUGUUGUGACCCGGAGACAUCUCAAGACUGGACGGGUCAUGUCAGAGUUUAAUCUACGAAAUCCCGGUGCCGUGAGGUCCACCCGACUUCUGACAGUCCAGACUUGCUGGGGUCUCCACCAGGGUUUGUACACACAGCAGAUUGUGUCUGAAGCUGUUUUAUUAAUAAUCAACUCUCUAGUUUACAGCAGACAACUAAUUCUUUUACUCCCAGAUUUCACAAUUUCUUUCAGAUACAAAGACUCUGAUAAACAUCUAGCUUACAUCACACCACCCACACAUCACACUCCAUCACCGCAUAUCCACUCCAUCACAUCUCAUUAUUCAUAUCUUGUCAUGUAUAAUCAUUAGUUUAGAAAAGAAUAAAAUUCCUUCUAUCUACA